CGAUCCCGUAGGUCUGCGCUUCAGCACCGAGAACUGAGGGGUUAAACUGCCUAUCUUCAUUAACACUGCUUUCAAGACAAGUUCCUAUUCUCGAUAAUCGAGACUACCAAGAUGACUAAGGGUCGCGCAAGCACGGAGGAGAGCCUUCUAUGGCACAAAGCUGUUGAGCGCUAUCGAGAGGAACUUGAGGAGAAUGAUGAGUACGAGAAUAUAAUAGGAGUCGGGUCACUUGAAGACCUACUUAGUGAUACUAAGUAUAUUGAGUCACUUUUGCCAAAGGAACGAACUUCUCUCUCCUCGCUCAAACGCCUCGGGCCCAAACUGAAAUUUGUAGACGAUUUCUCAGCCGUCAUAGCACUCUAUUUUGGUGCCAAUGCAACACUCACAGCCCUUGUAUGGGGCAGCAUUCGGCUUAUGCUAACCCACGCAUCCUCGGCGACAGAGUCGCUCCAAGAUGUCUUGGAUAUGCUCGAGGAGCUCAGCCUUACGCUUCCAAGACUCAAGGCCUACGAGAAGACUCUUCCGAUGGAUAGAGCUCUUGAAACUGCUUUACUAGAUGUCUACACUGAAGUAAUUUGCUUCUAUGCUCGGUCGAUACACUUCUUUCGGACGCAUCCGCACGCCUUGCUGCGGCGCGGUGCUUGGGAGAAAUUUCAGUUGGAUUUUGGUAGGACAAUUCGACGCAUAAAAACGAUGUCCUCUACAGUCGAGAGCGAAGCUGAUAUAGCGCGAAUGAGACUUGAAGACGUCAAAUAUAAAGAAGUCCUAGAGCUGAUGGACGACUUGAAGAAGAGCAAAAUCCACGAUGAGGAUGCCAUUCGAUGCCAUCAUUUACCUUCCGAGCUUAACCCAAGAUUCUGGGGUCGUGAAUCAGCUUUACAGGCCAUUGAGGCCGCCUUGAAUCCUGAUAAUGGAACGAAAUCCCUCCAGUCAUUCGCUCUCUAUGGAAUGGGUGGUGUUGGCAAAACUCAAAUUGCACUACAGUACGCAAAUAGAAAUCGUGAACGGUUCAACGUGAUCUUGUGGGUUGCUGCAGAUAGCACUAUUAGUAUUGGGCAGAGUUUCCUUGAUAUUGCAAGGCACUUAGGACUCGUCACGACUGAUGAAGAUAUACCAGAUUCUGUCACUGCGAUCCUAAAGGUUAAAAGCUGGCUGGCCAAAUCUCAUCUUCCCUGGCUUGUUAUAUUUGACAAUACUGACGAUCUUGAAACUUUACGUCGAGCAUGGCCCGGAAAUAUCCAUGGCUCUGUUCUGCUCACGUCUCGCGAUUUCAAUUCUGCUCAUAGUCUCGCUGAAACAGGAUUCCACGUUCAGCCAUUUGACGACAUUACUGGUUCCAAUGUACUCCUCCGCUUAGUUGGACUCGAUUCCAACCUAUCUUCAAAUCAAGAAAAGGCCAGAGAAAUUACGCAAGCUUUAGGUGGUCUACCUUUAGCACUUAAUCAAAUUGGGGGGUUUAUAACUCAACGGAAAUGUCCAUUACAAGAGUUCCUUGCUCUUUACGAGCGCAAUGCGGCAAAGAUUGAUUCUAGAAAAACAGGAUUUAACGAGUAUGAACACACGUUGAGUACAGUCUGGGAGAUGUCGUUCAGCAAGCUGUCAGGUGACUCCUGUACGCUGCUCAAUGUGUUGGCGUUCCUGGAACCAGAUGCAAUCGAUGAAGCGAUACUUGUUGAAGGGUCAAAGCUUCCAAAUUGGGACGAGGAAUUUGAUUUUCUUUCGGAUGAAAUGGAUCUUGGUGAUGCGGAAGCAGCACUUUUGCAAGCCGCCCUGAUUGAUAAGAGCACUGAUGAUGCGGUCCUGUCAAUUCAUCGAUUGGUGCAAGCUGCUGUUACUCGAAGGCUCACUAAAGGCGACCAGAGUAAGUAUUUUGACGCUGCUGUUCGCAUUGUUACGUGCGGAUUCCCGAACACCUGGCGUGAAGACGUUGGCCAUCAAUUCAAAACUUGGGCAAAAUGCGAGAAAUACCUCCCACAUGUCAAUCAGUUGGUAAAUCAAGCAAAAAGAUACAAUAUAUAUUCUUUAACUGCACAACUCUAUGGAGAGCUGCUUCUACAAUGUAGCUGGUAUCUCUACGAACGAGAAUGGUACAAUGUGGCCCGAGACUUUAUUAGUACAGCACUUGAAACUUUUGAGGAUAAGACAACUCUGGCCUUUGCGAGUGCGGUUGACUUGUCUGGACUGAUUGACCUCGACAUGAACAACCCAUCCAGCGCCCUUAUCCCAUUCAACACUGCACUCGAGAUUCGACAGAAGCUAGUAGGAUCUGAAGACCCGCUCAUUGCAUCUAGUUUGAACAAUAUUGCAAUUUCAUACACAGAGAUGGGUGACCUAGAAAAAGCAUAUUCUACACAUGAAAAGGCCCUAACAAUUCGUCUCCGCGCGGAUACCAGAAUUGACAACACCUAUAGCAAUAUGUCAAGUUUGCUUCUACGAAUGGGGAAGCCUGAUGAGGCUGAGGAUAUCAUGAGAAAGUGCCCAGCCCUAAAGGAUUUUACAGAUGAGAGUUUUAUAAAUACUGGAAAUCCUCGUUAUGUUGGCAACAUGGUCUUGCUUUCUCGCAUACGCCUAGCUCAGGGCUCGCUCGACGACGCAAUGCGGCUUGCCUCGAAAGCUCUUACGUUCCGACAGAAACUACACGGAAAUAGACUGAAGACUUGUGAUUCGUUGUAUGAUGUAGCAGAUAUGCUUGUCCGUCAGGGGUGUGUAUCUUCUGCAAUCGAGCUUCUCAAGCAACUAGUAGCCAUAUCUGAAACCUUAACUGAGGCCGAAGGACAGCUCGCAAGAGCUAGUUACAAGCUGAGUGUUCUAUAUGACGAGAACGACAGGCCAACAGAUAGUCAAGCUUGUAAAUCUCGCGCGAUUGCUCUGAAGGAUAAAUUGAGACCCGAAUUGAAGGACGGCCUAUUUGAAGAAAGCGAGUUCAUGAAACUAUGUCCCUUUAUGUUGUGGUGAAGAGGAAAUAAAUACUUUCAUAUUAUAUAGACUGUUAGCGCCCUUGAUAACAACGAAGUGUGCUUGGAGCUGUGGUGUCCUGUACUGCUGACAGAAUUCCACGCGCUUUUGUGCUGUGACAGAGACUCUGGCUCUAGGAAGCUAGUAGGGUCUCCUAAGCUCGCUCAUCUGCCAUUGGGCUUUUUACGCAACAAGAGAGAGUUGGUAGCAGUUGACAGAAACCCAAGUCUGUUGCUCUGGUGAGAGUCCCUAAAGUGAGAGGUGGACGUUUCAACCUCCGAAGCGAUCUGUUGGAAUGCGUAAAUAGAUCACUCGAUAUGGGAAUUUCACCAGAAGCAGGAUGUUGUGAGUUACGGGGAUCAGAUAGAACAAUAUUAAAAACGGAAAAUGUCUGAAGUGUGCGUGGUGCCGAAGUAGCUGGAUGUGAGGACGAGGAUCUCGAAGACGAGGUAUUCUAGCCUCCUCGAAGGGUGGACCUUCAACUCCAUACUCCCCACCAUCCAAAGCUGGAACAAGUAUCGCCACAUUCUCCUGCUUCCCACUAUUCUUUGCUUUUCACAUUCCACUCCUACGAUCGGAACAUGCGCGGUUGAAAGCCUCGUGUAUCUUUUCCCACCACAAGCGCUCCCUCUCGAGGCCGAUCAGCAAAUUGUCUUCUUCCAUAUAAUGGCACUUUCUCCUGCAAAGCUGGUCUGUGACCUCUCACAUGAGACGCAUCAGAACUGGUUCCAGGUUAGGCGUCUUUGGGUGGCAGCUCCUCCACCUCUCCUGAUACUACUACAUUUUUGAGUUUCGUCGAAUAGUGCACCUGGAUUGCCCCUUCAGUCCUGCCGGGGAGUUCGGCAUAGCUGUCACGAACGAUGCCUUCCACCAAUUCGAAAUGCAACGAGCCUGAACGCAGCUUGUCGGCAACAUAUGCUGGAGGAGCUGGGGAAUGUCCGAGAUACUUUCGGAUCCUGCAAUGCCGUACAAUCAACCAACAUUCCAUUCCUACUUGUUAUCAGAUUUGGAGUCUCUGUUCUUUAACUUCGUGCAGUAGCGCACUUGCAGCGCUUCAAUGCUCCUCUCCCCCCUCGGGAAAGUAAGGCCGAAAGCGCGAUGUAUCCCUUUCCACGGCAAACCCUCCUUCUUGAGGCACAUUAGCUUAUUGUCUUCUUGCUCCGUAUAUUCGAGGCGCCCACGCUUUCUCGCGAGCUCCGAAAUGCCCUCUUUCCAAUCAGGGACGGGGCAAUCUUUACAGGAACAUUCCGCGACAACGAUAUAAUGUACGACGGGAUGAUCAAGGCGUUCAACAGUGCAAUUAGGUCUCUAGGAGAGGAGGAACAUGCAAAUGCAUAGGAGAGGGCGAGAAUAUGGGCAUUAGCAUUUUGAGGCGUAUUGUUUCCUGCGUGGCACUUGAGAAAGCUGUAUGGUACCGUGAUAGUAUGAAAUGUGAAGAGUUCCGAUUUCAACCUCUCCAUUUCCUUUCCUGAAACCCAUGCCUGUUCGAUGUGCUUCUCCAUCUACUACCUGGAGAAUUUCCCAGGGUUACAAGCGUGAUGGGAGCGAUACAUCCCCCGUUUCCAGGAAGCCGCUGUCGUGAUCGAAUACACAGGAUGCAGCCUUUUGAGAGGCCCGAGGCAGAUAUUAGACCGUCUCGCGUUUCCACGAAGUUGCGGUCGUGAUUGCAGAUACUAGGAUGCGGCCUUUCAAGAGGCCCGAGGCGGAUUUCGGAAAUCGACCAACCGUUUCGCGUUUCCACAAAGCCGCGGUCGUAAUCGCAGACACAGGAUGCAGCCUUUCGAGAGGCCCCAGGCAGAUUUCGGAAUCGACCAACCGUUUCGCGUUUUUAAGCGCU